UAGUACAUUUCUGAGUGCCGGCUUCCUGCUCACUAACGCGACAGCCACCAUUUUCUUAUUAGGCGUUUGCUUGAAUAGCGUGAAUGGCGACACUCCAACGAAGUCGACGCCGUUUUCUUUCCCUGAGCUAUAAUCGAAGAACAUCGUUGGAGUCUGUAACAAUGCCAUCUUGAAAUAAGAAUAACCUAGUAUCGAAUUAGACUACAACAAUAUAAAGGGCCUUUUCAACUAUUUAACACCAAAAUGUAUCUAUAUAAUUUGACGCUGCAGCGUGCCACAGGCAUUACUCACGCUGUUCAUGGUAAUUUUUCUGGUACCAAGAUGCAAGAGAUUUUGGUUUCAAGAGGUAAAUCUCUGGAACUUCUUAGGCCUGAUCCUAAUACUGGCAAAGUACACACAAUCUUGACGGUCGAAGUCUUUGGCAUCGUUAGAUCUUUAAUGGCCUUUAGGUUAACUGGUGGUACCAAAGAUUAUAUUGUUGUUGGAUCAGAUUCAGGGCGUAUUGUUAUUUUGGAGUAUGUUUCUGCAAAAAAUGUUUUUGAAAAGGUACAUCAAGAAACAUUUGGUAAAAGUGGAUGCAGAAGAAUUGUUCCCGGACAAUAUUUGGCUAUUGAUCCUAAGGGUCGUGCUGUCAUGAUCGGAGCUAUUGAGAAACAAAAAUUAGUCUACAUUCUUAAUAGAGAUCCUGAAGCUCGUCUUACAAUUUCAUCUCCUUUAGAAGCACAUAAGAGUAAUACACUUGUUUACCAUGUAGUUGGUGUAGAUGUAGGUUUUGAAAAUCCUAUGUUUGCGUGCUUGGAAAUUGAUUACGAAGAAGCUGAUACUGAUCCAACAGGAGAAGCAGCUAUAAAAACACAACAGACAUUAACAUUUUAUGAACUUGAUCUUGGUCUUAAUCAUGUUGUGCGCAAGUACAGUGAACCCUUGGAAGAACACGCAAAUUUCUUGGUUUCUGUACCUGGUGGAAAUGAUGGCCCAAGUGGUGUACUCAUUUGCUCAGAAAAUUACUUAACAUACAAGAAUUUGGGUGAUCAACCAGACAUUCGUUGUCCAAUUCCACGACGUAGGAAUGAUCUUGAUGAUCCUGAGCGUGGCAUGAUAUUUGUUUGUUCUGCAACUCAUAAAACAAAAAGCAUGUUUUUUUUCUUGGCACAAACCGAACAGGGUGAUAUUUUCAAAAUUACCUUAGAAACAGAUGAAGAUGUUGUGACAGAGAUUAAGCUCAAGUACUUUGAUACAGUGCCUGUAGCUACCAGCAUGUGUGUACUUAAGACUGGUUUUCUGUUUGUUGCUUCAGAAUUCGGAAAUCAUUACUUAUAUCAAAUUGCUCAUUUGGGUGACGAUGAUGAUGAACCAGAAUUCAGUUCUGCAAUGCCUUUGGAGGAGGGUGACACGUUCUUUUUUGCACCUAGACCUUUAAGAAAUUUAGUGCUUGUGGAUGAAAUGGACAGUCUCUCACCUAUUAUGGCUUGCCAGGUUGCUGAUUUAGCCAAUGAAGAUACGCCACAAUUAUAUAUAGCAUGUGGUCGUGGUCCACGGUCAACCUUACGAGUAUUACGACAUGGUCUCGAAGUUUCAGAGAUGGCUGUGAGUGAAUUACCUGGUAAUCCAAAUGCUGUGUGGACUGUCAAAAGACGCAUCGACGAGGAAUUCGAUGCAUACAUCAUAGUGUCUUUCGUGAAUGCCACUUUGGUACUUAGUAUUGGAGAGACGGUCGAGGAAGUUACAGAUUCCGGUUUUUUGGGGACGACGCCAACCCUUAGCUGUUCCGCAUUAGGUGAUGAUGCUUUAGUUCAGGUGUACCCUGAUGGUAUUCGUCACAUUCGAGCAGAUAAACGUGUCAAUGAAUGGAAGGCUCCUGGGAAGAAAACUAUUAUCAAAUGUGCAGUGAAUCAACGUCAAGUUGUCAUUGCUUUGACUGGAGGAGAACUUGUCUACUUUGAAAUGGAUCCGACCGGUCAACUAAACGAAUAUACAGAGCGCAAAAAGAUGCCGUCGGAGGUAAUGUGCAUGGCUCUGGGGAAUGUCGCCGCUGGUGAGCAGCGCUCAUGGUUCUUAGCAGUUGGACUUCAGGACAACACUGUGCGCAUUAUUUCUCUUGAUCCAUCGGACUGCCUUGCACCUAGAAGUAUGCAGGCUUUGCCAGCCGCUGCUGAGAGCCUUUGUAUUGUUGAGAUGGGUAUUAAGGACAAUGAUGCUGGCGAAGAUAGUAAUCAGAUGCAAUCAACACUCCACUUAAAUAUAGGCUUGCAAAACGGAGUCCUACUUAGGACAGUUUUGGACCCAAUAUCAGGUGAUUUAGCUGAUACGCGAACACGUUAUCUCGGUUCUCGACCAGUAAAGUUGUUCCGCAUUAGAAUGCAAGGUAAUCAGGCUGUUCUUGCUAUGAGUAGUCGCUCUUGGUUAAGUUAUUAUUAUCAAAAUCGAUUCCAUCUGACGCCCUUAUCUUACGAGAGCUUGGAGUUCGCCUCUGGGUUCAGUUCAGAACAAUGUCCAGAAGGUAUCGUCGCCAUUUCUACCAAUACCUUAAGAAUUUUAGCACUUGAGAAACUCGGCGCUGUUUUUAAUCAGGUUAGUUUUCCUUUCGAGUAUACGCCACGUAAAUUCGUUAUUCAUAACGAGUCGGCGCACAUCUUGCUCAUCGAGACGGAGCAUAAUGCUUACACGGAGGAGACCAAACAACAGCGACGAUUGCAAAUGGCUGAAGAGAUGCAAGAAGCGGCUGGUGCUGAAGAGGCUGCGGUUGCUCGCGAAUUGGCCGAAGCCUUUCUCUCAGAAGAGCCGAACGAGCAGGUUUUUGGUGCUCCUAGGGCUGGACCUGGUCUUUGGGCUUCUAUGAUCAGGGUUAUGGCACCUACAUCCGGUACUACAUUCCAAGUCCAUAGACUCGAACAGAAUUUGGCUGCACUCUGUUUGGCUCUUGUGAAAUUUGCAAAUCAGGGAGAUCAACAAUUCCUUAUUAUUGGUAUUGCAAAAGAAUAUCAAUUAAAUCCAAGACUCAGCAAUGGUGGAUUUCUUUAUACUUAUAAAGUUAGUUCAGAUUGUACAAACAUCGAAUUGGUUCAUCGUACGACACUCGACGAGAUCCCGUUAUCGAUCUGUUCGUAUCAGGGUCGCGUUUUGGUGGGUGUUGGAAAGAUGCUACGACUAUAUGAUAUGGGUAAGAAGAAGCUGCUCCGCAAGUGCGAGAACAAACAUAUACCAAACGCCGUUGUAUGCAUAAAUGCGAUUGGUCAAAGAAUAUAUGUAAGUGAUGUCCAGGAAUCGGUGUACGCAGUUAGAUACAAAAGGCAAGAGAAUCAGUUAAUUGUGUUUGCCGAUGACACUCAUCCGAGAUGGAUCACAACUACUUGUGUGUUGGAUUAUGAUACCGUUGCAAUAGCAGAUAAAUUCGGCAACAUUGCUGUGAUCCGAUUAGCGAGUGGGAUUAAUGACGAUGUGGACGAAGAUCCAACAGGCAAUAAGGCCCUAUGGGAUCGUGGCCUCUUGAAUGGAGCCUCUCAAAAGGCGGACACUGUGGCCUGCUUCCACGUGGGCGAGACAGUGAUGUCUCUACAGAAGGCGACCCUGAUUCCAGGUGGUUCCGAAUCUCUAGUCUACACAACGCUAAGUGGUACCGUGGGUGUCCUCGUGCCCUUUACUAGUCACGAGGACCAUGACUUUUUUCAGCACUUGGAGAUGCAUAUGCGCGCUGAACAUCCGCCUCUAUGCGGACGUGAUCAUCUUAGUUUCCGUUCGUAUUAUUAUCCUGUCAAAAAUGUAAUUGAUGGUGAUCUUUGUGAACAGUUCAACAGUAUUGAGCCUGCAAAACAAAAAAGCAUCGCAGGUGAUCUUGAGAGAACUCCAUCCGAGGUCUCCAAAAAACUUGAAGACAUUCGGACGAGAUAUGCAUUUUAAAGACACUUUGUUCUUUAGUAUUUGAACAAUAUAUUGGCUGCUUUUACAAUUUUUCACAUUUUGCAUUGACAAAUUUUUAAGCAUAGUAUAAAAAUUAAAUAA